GCCUGGGAAGACUUGGGAAGGGUUGAAUACCUAGGCGACUCGUGAGAGGACUCGUCUAGGUUUCUCAAUAGAUUGUCGAGGCCAGGGAACCAUGCUUUUUUUUUUUCUUUUUCUCCUUUUAGGAAGCGUGUGUACAAUUAUCGGACCAGGGGAACUAGCUGUCUUUCAUGUUUUUCUCCUCUUCUCUCUACAAACUGCGGUUAUCGUGAAUUCUAGAGCCCUCCCCCUACUGCUGGCUACUUUUUCCCCAUCCGCCGAGGCAGGUGAACGACUACUUGUUGACCACAUCCAAAGCUGCAUGCAUAGAACCAUGUUUUCAACAUUCGGCAUCAUAGAUUUGGGUAUUGUGUAGUGUGGCAAGGCCGCGCGAAGCCUGUUCUAUCUGAUGGUACAUGG